CCAGUAUUCAAAAUAAUUUUGUCAGUUAUAUAACAGAAGCCAGAACCAGGGUGAUGGCAACACCAAUAGCAUGUAUGCACCAUACAGAUAAAUAGCAAAGAUUGUGUUAUAUGAGGCAUCGAUGUAUUCAAAUGGCUCUCAUCUUUUCAGGGAAAAAUGUCAAAAUUUGCAUCUAAAAUGCUUUCUUAGAAUGGAAGUUUCUGCAUUGCUAUUCUUGGUCUUUAACCCAGAAUGUUCUCAGUUCCGCCAAAUCUGAGUGCUCAUACGGGUGAUUUAUGACUGAUUGUUGGUGUGUGAAUGAGCCCCUUCGAAGCGUCCUUCCCCUUUCUCGGUCGGCCUUCCGUGUGCUUCGCCAGCCCAUUUCUUCAGCGCUGCUUUGCACCAGAGAACACAGGCUGAAAUGAAUCUGAAAUCUCUGUCGCAACAUGUUCUGCUAACUGUGAUAUUGCUGAAACGUAUAUUGGGUAACUGCUGGAUGGAUGCAUCGAGCAGAAGCGUCACAGGACAAAAUGACAGUCAGUCUGUCCUGCCAUAGAAGUUAUCAUUUCCUGUCUUUCAGAGAAAAUAGACCCAAGAAUGGAGGCAUAUGUGUAGCCAACCAUACCUCACCGAUUGAUAUAGUUAUCCUGGCUAAUGACAGAUGCUAUGCUAUGGUGGGCCAAGUACACGGGGGCCUGAUGGGAAUCAUACAAAGGUCAGCGGUGAGAGCCUGUCCUCAUGUUUGGUUUGAGAGGUCCGAGAUGAAAGAUCGCCACCUAGUGGCAAAGAGGCUGAGGGAUCAUGUGGCAGAUAAGGCCAAGCUUCCCAUACUCAUCUUUCCUGAGGGGACCUGCAUCAACAACACAUCGGUCAUGAUGUUCAAAAAGGGGAGUUUUGAAAUUGGAGGGACCAUCUAUCCUGUGGCCAUAAAGUAUGACCCACAGUUCGGAGAUGCCUUCUGGAACAGUGGUAAAUACAACAUGGUGAGCUACCUGCUGCGAAUGAUGACCAGCUGGGCCAUUGUGUGUAACGUGUGGUACCUGCCUCCCAUGCAGCGCCAGGAAGGAGAAGAUGCCGUCCAUUUUGCAAGCCGAGUAAAAGCAGCCAUCGCCCAUCAGGGGGGGCUGGUGGACCUGUCCUGGGACGGCGGGUUGAAACGGGCCAAGGUGAAGGACACCUACAGGGAGCAGGAGCAGAAGAAGUACAGCAGCAUGAUCGUAGGGGACGGCAGCAGCCGGAUCGUAGGGGACGACAGCAGCAGGAUCGUAGGGGACGGCAGCAGCAGGAUCGUAGGGGACGACAGCAGCCGGAUCGUAGGGGACGACAGCAGCAUGAUCGUAGGGGACGACAGCAGCAGGAUCGUAGGGGACGACAGCAGCAGGAUCGUAGGGGACGACAGCAGCAGGAUCGUAGGGGACGACAGCAGCAUGAUCGUAGGGGACGACAGCAGCAUGAUCGUAGGGGACGACAGCAGCAGGAUCGUAGGGGACGACAGCAGCACGAUCGUAGGGGACGGCAGCAGCAGGAUCGUAGGGGACGACAGCAGCACGAUCGUAGGGGACGGCAGCAGCAGGAUCGUAGGGGACGACAGCAGCAUGAUCGUAGGGAAUGACAGCAGCAGCUGA